GAGAAUCAUCAAUUGUGUUCUGUAACUCGGCGAGAGCGGUUCAACUAUCGGGUAUAAUCGGCAUUAAACAAAAUCUUUCAUUGUGUGUGUAUGUGUGUGUAUUAUUGUGUCUUUUUACAUUCUGUUUGCAAAAUUUUUUCUUUGUUGCCUUAGUGCACAACAAUUUUGAAAAAGGAAAAGAAAAGUGAAAAUAAAAUUGUAACGUGUAAAAGAAAAUUAUUAAUCUCGCAGAAGAAUAACCGAAUGCAAUGAUUUAAUCAAAAGAAAAGUUUUUAGGAAAAAAAUAUGUUCUCCAAUUAAAAAAAAUCUACCAUCUGAUUAGUGGAAGAAUGUAAGAAGGGCCAAAAAAAGUUCAGCAAGAAAGUGCAGAAGCAGCAGUUGGAAUUGAAAAAGAAUGCCUUCAAUGCAAAAAUAUAAUAGAAGUGUAAAGUAGAAAAAGAAUCAUUGCCGUGGAGAGUGAUUAUUCGUGUGUCUGUUUGUUUGCCUGCAUACAAGUAGGUGGGAGAGAGAGAGUGUGUGAGAGUUUGUCUGUACUCUUGUCUUGCCUGUGCUGUGUAUUGUUGCUAUUGUUCUAACGUCGUCGUGAUGUGUCAAUGAGAAUAUUAAUUGGGAGAGCCCUCCGUGGAGCCCACCAGUCAUUGUGUUGUGUUGUUUCAAAAAAUAAACAGAAAAAAAUACCCCGAAAAAAAUCAAAAAGUAAUUGUUUGUGUUAGAAAAUAAUUAAAACAAAAACAGUUGUGUUAUAAAAAAAGAAGAAAACAAAAACAAAAUACAUUUGACAUUUGAGUGCUUCCCACAUUACCUACUUAACAACCAAGCAGCUCCACUCCAACUAUCCAUGUUGGAGUUAUUAUUGCAUUAUACAACUUUAAAGCUGACUACUAAACGAAAUUUCCAAUCAAAAUGGUUUCUCUUAUCAAAAAUCAACUGCUGAAACAUCUGUCAAUAUAUACGAAAAAUCUAUCAUCGGAUAAAAUCAAUUUAAGCACAUUUCGCGGCGAAGGUGAAUUAUCCAAUCUGCAGCUGGAUGAGGCUGUGCUGACGGAAUUAUUGGAAUUACCAUCAUGGUUGCGUUUAACAUCGGCCUGGUGCAAUCACGUUUCAUUUCGCAUCAGUUGGACAAAAUUGAAAAGUGUGCCCAUAACAUUGACAUUGGAUGAAGUCAACAUUACCGUGGAGACCUGUGAUCCGAAUGCCAGACAGGCGGAUAGUAAGUCACCAAAUGGCAUGAAUGGCAGUGGUAGUGGAGGAGGAGGAGGUGGUGGGAGUGCUGGUGGAGGUUCAUUGCCGCAUGUACCUCAGGGCAAAUACAGUUUCAUACACAAGGUGGUCGAUGGCAUUACCAUCAUUGUGAAUACCGUUAAUGUGAAAUUUUUAAGCACAGCGUUUACGGCCUCGGUUCAGAUGUCCCGCAUUCGUGUCGAAUCCAAAACACCCAAAUGGGCGACGGGUGAUUUGCGUUUUACUCGCUUAAAAGAUACCCACAAAGGCAUUAUAUUGAUAUUCAAAGAGCUAUCAUGGCAAACGGUGCGCAUUGAAGCCAGUUCCACACAGGAUAAAUCUCUAACACCGCUACGCCUCUUAACCAAUCAUGCAAGAUGUAGGAUUACCAUACGAAAACGUCUGGCCGAUUGUAGCCUUUUGGCAUCACGUUUGGUGCUAAUUCUGGAUGAUUUGUUGUGGGUUCUGACGGAUUCUCAGCUCAAGGCAGCGCUACAUUUUGUUGAUUCCCUUUCGGGUCUGAUUAAGGCCGCCACCCAUGCCACACAGAAAUCGAAGGCGGCACGGAAAUUGGAGACCCUUCCCGAAUACCAGGCCCAACUGGCCCAGCAACAAAAUCGCCAAAGUGAAUCAUCCCAUUCAAAUGCCCAACAAAAAAUGUUCAAUGCCUUCGAUGUGCGAGAGACAUCGUAUCAUUUCUUCAGUCAACGUAUCGAUCUUCAUCUGUGUGAUGAUGAAGGAGAUGGCCGUUCCAGUUACCCAGAUCUCGAUAAAGGCGGUGCUUUGCAAAUUUCCGUUCAAGCAUUCCAGGUGGAUUAUUAUCCCUAUCAUUUGGCCAAAUCGGAUAGAUCUCAUUGGGCUAAGUAUAAAGAAGCCUCCUCAUCGCCGGCCCUAUGGCUAAAAGAAUCCCUAAAUGCUUUUCGCGAAGCUGUGCUCAAUCUAAGUCAACCAAAUCGUCCAUCGACCCAUGCUCCCCUAGAGCGUAGCACUCCCAAUUCACCCAUUGCUCUAAACGUUUCAAAUUUGGCCAAUUUAUAUCCCAGUAAACAGCAACAACAACAGCAAGCAACAACUACUUCCACUGGCAGUAGUACUCCGACACAAUUCAAUAGUAAUCCAGGCUCAGCAGCAGGUUCGGCUGGUUCCGGUCCCGGCUCUGCUGGCAGCAGCUCUCAACAUUCACAGAGCUAUCAACAAAAAUCCAUAUUGGAUAAUUUGGCAAAGCUAAUGAGUUCCUGUGUCAUUUUGCGUAUUGAAGAUUUUCAGCUGUAUCGCGUUACCACAUCGGGUAAAAAACAAAUGCCCAAGGAAUUUAUAUCGGCACAACAUAAAAGGAAAACAAGAACAGGUGAUAAGGAUCGCUACUCAUUCCCAGCGGAAAUGCCAAUUAUACAUGCCGAAUUUACAUACUUCUAUUAUCCUGGUGAUUUUAUUUUCCCACUACCUCCCUCCAAGGUCUUUGUCCACAUCAAUCCACUGCAAAUUCACUUCGAUUUGUGUUCCAUUUUAUGGCUGAAUUCCUUUGCUUUGAAUCUACAUGAGAGUCUAUUGCGCACCAGUAUUACUGCAGCAUCACCAACAACAAAUUCACCGGCAACUAUGGGAUCACCGUCCACCAUCGGAUCGCAUGGUUCACAGGCCACCACAUUAAAGGGCUCCUCCAAAUUUUCGCUGUAUAAUGAAGAGCAACAACUGCAGCAGCAGCAGCAGCUGGCCACAGCAGCUGAACCGAAUGAACCCAGUCUUAUGUAUAUGGAUGUUAAAGUGGAGGCCAUAAUGCCUCGCAUUGUAAUUGAAUCCUCUUUGGAAACGUCCAAUCAAAAGGAUCGUCCGAAAAUGAUGCAAAUACAAAUAUCGCGAUUUGCUUUAACCAAUAUACGUGAAAUGGGUUCAUCACGUGCUGAUCUAGCUCAAGCCCUACAUUCGCUGCAGGAGGGCUCCCUGGUCUUUGGUACGGGAUUUCCCUCGGCACGCGGUGAUAUGUGCAUUGUUACGGAUCGUAUACUGUCACAUGUUGCCGCCACCGAUGUGGGUGCUUCUGCAGACGCGGGCAAUGGGGCCCAGCAACGACGUUCUUCAUCUAUACCCAAGUCAUCAUCGAUGCAAAAUCUGUCACGCUAUGCAAUGUGGUCUGAACCAAGAGAUGUUUGGUGUAUAAAAUUUGAUCCGGUUUGGGUGGAUUUUUUGGGAGCCCGUUCUUUGGGGGCCUCAAAAUCGAUACCCUUCAUAGAUGCGGUGCCCAUAACAUUGUGGCUGCACUCGGGCUCGGGAGCAAUGGCCACGAAUGAGCCACAAAGUAAUGUGGGCAGUCGCAAGGGCAGCAGUAGUGGUGGUGGUUUUGAUGAAUCUGCAGCUUCAACAGCAAAGGGACAGGCGUCAUCAACAUCCAUGGAUACAAAUAUAAAUCGUUUGGAUUAUGCCAAUAGCAAUAAAUUGCCACGUAAUCCAUUUUUGGACAGUGAGGAGGACAUACACGUUGAUCGUAGAUCCCAAACGUCCUCCAAUAAUAGUGCGGCCGAACGUACUGCCGAUCUACAUGCCAUUGGUCACAUUUCCAAUUUGGUUAGUGUUCAAAUCGAUCACUAUCAGCUGCUAUUUCUAUUGCGUUUGGGUGAGGAAUUUAGUGAAAUGUCCACCUAUUUGUCACUGGAUGCUGAAAGGAUUUUACAAAAGCAAAACACCAGCAAAUCACUGAUACUGGGCUGUGUUAUACCACAAAUCGAGGUGACAUUUGUUAUGCCGUCUCCAACACCCGGUAAGGAAUCAAGUGGUGGUGAUGCUGAAAGUGUCUUACCUGAUUCAGCUAGUUUGGGUGAUGAUUUACAUAUAAAUAGUACGAACAUAACCUGGCCUACACCACCCUUAGAACAGAUUAAAAGCAAUACAUUUGGUAGCGUAGAAACACCAUCACCCAUAACAAAUGAAGCACCCUUUGAUAGUGGCAUUCACUUGUCAAAUCCAAAUACACAUGGUUAUAAUGUCCAGAUACAAAACAUACCAACAAUGGCCUCUUCAACAACCACCAGUCAGUCAUCUUCCAUUAAACCGGAUACGGGUAUCUAUACCCAAUCGGCCACAUCCUCGUCCACGAAGAGUUUUCGCUCCAACAAAAAUUCGACCAGUGAUGCACCAAGCAUAACAAAGGAAAUCAAUUCAGGUCUCAUGUCCAUGAAAAAAGGUCUAUCCAGUUUUAUGACUUCCAUUGAUUCGGCCAUUACCUCACGCACCCAAAACGAUGAUAUGAGCGAUACAUUUUCCAUACAGAGUGACAUUAGUUCGGAUUCGGAAAAUUUCGCCAUUGUUAUGGGUGAUGAUAAGACCAUGGAUUGUAUUGAUGUUAUGUUCCGUUUGAAUCCCUUUACCACCGAGGUUAAUAUGAAAGCAUCACCGGUCGAGGUGGCCAGUGAAGUGUAUGAGGAGCCAAUUAAAACCAAUCUUAGUUCACCAUCAGAGCCCUCAGAGGCGAGUACAUGGCGAAGACGGGAUUUGGUUUCAAUGGCUACUUUUAGACUUACCACUGUCGAGCUGAUCCAACAGAAAGAGGGCAACAAUUCCACCCUACGUGUUCAAGUGGCGGCAAUUUCCUGUGAUGAAUGCGGUGCCAUACCCUGGGAUGAAUUACAGAAUGCCCAACAAGCCAAAAAGAAUAAGUUUGGAGCCCGUUGUAAAGCAUGGAAUUUGGCUCCUUAUAAUCCAGAGGCACCGCCCUGCAUACGGCUACGUUUGGAGGAGACAAUGAAACCGUUGAGUGAUGUUGCCGUCAAUGUCCAUGACAAGAAGAGUUUUCAGAGUCUGGUCUCCCAUAGCGCCGAUAUCCGUGUCAGUGAUGUUUCGUUGGAUUUAUCGAUGAGCACCAUUAUUGGUUUGGCCGAUUUGGCCGAAGACGAAGUGAUCUCAACGAAUCCUUUGCCAGUGAAUGUGUCAUUGGAAAAUGUUCGCAUCAAUCUAAUAGAGGAUCGUCCACCUGUCAAUAUUACCUCACCCGGACCAGUGCCCAUUAAUUUGGCCAUUGGCCGCAUGCAUUUGAAACGUGAUAAAAACGGUUUACUUCACAUACAACCUAUAGAAACAAACCUCAAUGGUCCCGGUUCCGCAAACUAUCCGCUUACCUCUGCUUUAUUUAAAACACCUGAACCAACGCCUCGCGAACGGGAACGUGAUCGUGAAUUGAUAUCACUGCAGCUGGUAAUGCAGCAAAUCAAACUGGACAAUGACAAUUUGAGGAGGCAAUUGCAACAGGCCAAGGAAAAUUCGGAUGCAUAUAGACAAAAAACCAAACAAGAAAACGAUGUAUUACGUUCCUAUUUGAAAGCGGCUCAAGAUGAUAUUACCAUUUUAUUGGAAGAGAAAAAAGCUUUAUUAGAUACCAUACGUUCGUUACAGCUCCAGGUGACAUCUAUGAGUAUGAAUAAGAAAAACGAGGGCAACAACAGGUAGCAUAACUGCAUGGAUUGCAUCCAGUGUUGCGGUGAAAAUAAUAAUCCCUAGAUUGGCAGUCAGUGUACCCCCCAAAAAAAGGAGAUGGAAAAAUAAGAUAAGCUAAAAAUCAUUCAGCUCUUCGUAAACAUUCGUAAAAAACGUAACUAAUAAAACGCGAUAUUUUAAUAAUUAAUACAAUAAAAAAAAGUAAUCAAAUAAUUAA